CCUUUGCUGGGCAACAUGCUAGAUCUUGCCCAAGAACAUCUACCCAUCCACCUGACUUCACUGGCAUGUCGCUAUGGAAAUAUCUAUCGGCUCAACUGUGGCAACACAACCAUGGUGAUUUUAAAUAAUAGUGAGAUCAUCCGCGAGGCUCUGAUCAAAAAAUGGUCUGACUUUGCUGGGAGGCCUCAUUCAUAUACCGGUGAUAUAGUAUCAAGCGGAGGGCGAACCAUUUCUCUGGGUGAUUUCAGUGAGGAAUGGAAGGCUCACAGGCGUGUGGCCCAUAGUGCUCUGCACCGCUGCACAAGAGAUUCCCUGCACUCUGUCAUAGAAAAGCAAGCACACCAUCUCUGCCAGGUGUUGUGGGACUACAACGGAAAAUCAGUGGAUUUAUCCGAAGAUUUCACUGUGGCUGCGAGUAAUGUCAUCACAACACUAACCUUUGGCAAAAGUUAUGAUAAGAGUUCAGUAGAUCUGAAGAAGCUGCAGGACUGUCUGAAUAAGAUUGUGUCUCUCUGGGGUUCGCCUUGGAUCUCAGUGCUGGACUCCUUCCCUCUGCUCAGGAAAUUACCCAACCCUCCCUUCUCUCGCCUCAUGAAGGAGGUAGCCAGACGCGAUGAGCUGAUAGGGAAACACAUUGAGGAGUUCAAGAAAAGUGACCAUAAAGAAGGUGGCACAGUGACUUCCUCACUUCUGAAGAGCUUGGAACCACCACAAGGGGGAGCCAAUCAGAUGACUCUGACAGACACUCAUGUGCACAUGACCACAGUGGAUCUGCUGAUUGGAGGGACAGAAACUACUUCUGCCUUGCUCAACUGGACUGUGGCCUUCCUUUUACACAGACCUGAGGUUCAGAAUAAAGUGUACGAGGAGCUGUGUGGUGUGCUGGAUGUGCGGUACCCUCAGUACAGUGACCGACACAGACUGCCAUAUCUGUGCGCUCUGAUCAACGAGAUGUUAAGACUUCGACCUGUAGCUCCCCUCGCCGUGCCUCACAGAGCCAUACAAAACAGCAGUAUUGCAGGCCAUUUCAUCCCCAAGAAUACAAUAAUCAUUCCUAAUCUGUAUGGUGCCCACCAUGAUCCAGAGGUCUGGGAUGAUCCAUACAGCUUCAAACCAGAACGCUUUUUGGAAGGUGGUGGCGGGUCCCUUCGUGCCCUGAUUCCUUUUGGAGGAGGGGCCCGACUGUGUCUGGGAGAGGCAGUAGCCAAAAUGGAAAUGUUUCUUUUCACAGCCUAUCUGCUGCGAGACUUUCAGUUCCUACCUGCCAGUAAAGAGGAGCCUUUGCCUGACCUGCGAGGUGUUGCCAGUGUGGUUCUUAAAGUCAAACCAUACACAGUUAUAGCACACCCAAGAGAACAGUAA